AUGAGCUCUCGCAGGCAAAAAACCAGUGUCGCUUGCAUCAAUUGCUCAAAGUCACACGUCACAUGUCAGGCUGAGAGGCCGUGCUCUCGGUGUGUGAAGAAAGGGCUUGAGGCGACAUGCGUGGAUGCGCCAAGAAAGCGCAGAAAGUACCUAGCAGAUGUGCCAGAUGAACAGCUGCCUGUUGCCGUAAAACGGGGAAAUAUUCACGAAGAGCAGCAACUCUCAAACGAAAACCGCUACAUCGCCCACAAACCACGGUUUAUGUCGAAUGCGGCAGAUUUGGAAUAUUCGAUUCUGUCGGAUAUAAUCCAGCAAGACACCCUGCUCAGUAAAAUCCCGAUGGAUCUGCUAUAUUCUCGGGAUGGUGCGAAAGAUGAAGAAAGCCAAUACAAUACUCCAAACUCUGCCUCGAGCGUGCCUUCUUUGGGAGCGCAAGGUCGACCGCCCUCUGCACGCCGAACCGGCAGCCCGGUAGAUUCUCAGAGAGUGAAAUAUGCAACAUUGUUGGGGCCGCGCGGACGACAGGCAUUGAAAACUGAAGUGGAUCUCUUUACAACGCAUUUCCCACUGCUUCCUCAAGAAGUGAAUAACUCGCGCUUCCGACGGCGGAUACACUUCGACGCCAACGUCCGUCAGUACUAUCUGAAUGACAAGACCACAUUCCCUGAGAUAUUAGACCAGAUUGAGCCAAAGCCGAAAUCUAUUUCUUUGGCACUUGAUAUCUCGUCCCCUGAUGCAAGAGCCGUCCAGAACUUCCCCGACGUACCGCACUCGCUGCGGUAUGCUACGCCCAUGGAAAUAUACACUCUAAUCUCGAAGCCAUUCUCCCACACCUCAGGAUUUCACUCGCUCCUUCAGUACCUUCGCAGUCGUUUCAAUCGAGAGGAUAUCGUAGAGAUGUGCCGCUCCCUGGCAGAAUUCCGUCCCACGUUUAUCGCUAUCGCAGUGACUCUCACCGAAGAAGAUAUGAUAUUUAUGGAACAAUGCUACCAAAGAACACUCUUAGAGUACGAUCAGUUCAUCUCGCAGAUGGGGACUCCGACAUGCGUAUGGCGACGCAAUGGCCAGGUCUCCUAUGUGAACGACGAAUUCUCGCUGCUUACGGGCUGGACCAGGGCAGACCUACUAUUUAAAAUGACGUUUAUCGUGGAGCUGAUGGACGACGAAAGCGUACGGGAGUACUUUAAAACGUUCAACCGAGUAGCGUAUCGGGACUUUAAGGGCAGCGAGCGAAUGAAGACCUGCAAAUUGCUAACGCCGUUCCGUGGCCGCGAGGUAGAGUGCUGUUGCAUCUGGACGCUCAAGCGAGACGUCUUUGGGCUGCCGCUCAUGAUAAUAGGCAACUUCAUGCCAAUCAUUGGCCAAAGCUAA